AAUUGAAGAUACGUGAAAUAGAAUAUUUUAUUUGGAACAUUAAUUUGCUAAAAACGAAAUCAUAAUAACGCUUUAAAAUUAGAACAUGUUUCAAUUUAGCGGUUUUAAUAUGAUUUUCCCCGAGACAAGCCGCACUUUUAAAGCCUCUUACAAAUGCUUCCCAAUGUCCAUGUUACCGGGUAAUGAGCGUCAAGAUCUAGACAAUGGCGGUAAAAUAAUAAUGGCCCCAUCCGCUCUGGAUACAUUAACCCGCUUUAAUGUCGAAUAUCCGAUGCUAUUUAAGCUGAUAAAUGUUGAAAAAGAGCGCCAGUCACAUGCGGGCGUCUUGGAAUUUGUCGCCGAUGAGGGUAAUUGCUAUUUACCGUUUUGGAUGAUGGAUAACCUGUUAUUGCAGGAGGGUGACACAAUUAAUAUUGAAAGUGUCUCGCUGCCAGUAGCCGAAUUCUCAAAAUUCCAGCCGAAUAGUGUUGCCUUCUUAGAUAUCACUAAUCCGAAGGCAGUUUUAGAAAAUGCUUUACGUAACUUUGCCUGUCUAACCGCUGGCGAUGUCAUUGCAAUUAAAUAUAAUAAGAAAAUUUAUGAAUUAUGUGUUCUUGAGACGAAACCGGGCAAUGCCGUUAGUAUUAUUGAAUGUGAUAUGAAUGUAGAAUUUGAAGCUCCUGUGGGCUAUAAAGAUGGGCCGGGGCAAAGCGAAGAAAAUGAAUUAGACGAGGAGCAAAAAUGUAAUGUUAUGGAAGAGGUGGUCGAAACAUUCAAAGGUUCGGGUGUCCGUCUAGAUGGCAAAAAGAAAAAGGAAAGUCAAUUGGAUUCGCCCGUGAUAAGAAAGGUCUUGCCCCGUGGUGUUCCAGAUUAUGAUUAUAAAUUUGGCGUUUUAAAAUUCGAUCGCUCUGCUAAACCAAUUAGUGAUCGCGUACCGGAAGAUAAUUGCGAAGCUGCUGCUCCAGUUGAAGAUAGUUUUCAAGGUCAGGGUUUUUCCUUGAAAAAAUCGCAUUAACAAAUUGCUUUAGUCUUAUUA